AUGGCUUCUCCUCUCUCCGCAUCUCAAACCGCACCCUCGCGCAACCCAGUUCCGCGCAACAUGACCGAGGUGCGCGCUUUUCUCUCGGAUCCUCCUUUGCCACCUAACGCCCGCGUCCCUGCACGUGCAUUCGCACUUGGGUACUCGGCCAAUGUCGUCCUCGAUGGUGUUCUUCCCUUGGCGCUCCGCAAGAAGGCGCCGCUUCAAGCGUUGUCUGCGUUGAUCUCGCUCAAGUCGAUCCGAUCCGGAACCGUCCUUGCGCUCUUCUCCGCACUUUACCGCCUCCUCCUCUCGCGACUCACCACACUCCGACUUAACCUUCUCGCGAGAGCAUGGAAAGCAGACGAUCUCGACUAUACCGUGACACGCGAUCGCAUCCGGGCACGUCUCUUGAAAGUGCUCAACUCGGCUGCACUCGUGCCAUUCGCUGCUAGUCUGGCUGCGUCGGCGGUGCUUUCCUUCUUCCCCAUCCCGAGUGUGCGCAGGUACUUGGCGCUGUGGCUCAGCACUAAAGCUGUUGAAAACCUGUACCUUCACUUGAGGGCGGUGAAGUCAAGAAGCGUCGCUUGGGUACCGGACUGGAUUGGCGGUGCAUUCUUCUACGCGCUCUCAAACGGUCAGCUGCUGUGGACGUUCCUGUUCGAGCCGUCGUGCUUCCCUGAUGCGUACGGGCGCGUCAUCUUGGCACGCAGCACGUCGUACAUCCCACCAAGACCUGCUGGUCUGCCCACUUCGAUCCCCUGGCCCGCACCACGCGAUAUCGCCGAUACCAUCGCUACCCUCUCGACGCCCAGCGCCACUUCGGCAGCGUAUCCAACGUUCAAGGCGCCCGUACUGUCGGCACUCACGCCGUCCAAAUACCCAACCACUCGAUACCCGCUCAUCAACCCUGUGCUCGACUAUGCCCCCGCUCAUCCCGCCCACUCGCGUCUGCUCUGCGCCAUCCUUCACCCUACCGAGCCGUCGUGCUCCAAGAACUUUUUGAGCUUCUUUGCGCGCGAAUGGCAGGCGUCCGCCAAAUUCGUGGCUGUCUUUACGGCGCUAGCACAGCUGCUGUCGUACAAGAAGGUGCUCAAGGACCCCGAGUCGGCGCUCUUCAAGUUUGCGCUUGCGGUGGUGCAGGGUGCGACGGUCAUCUCGGGCUCCAUCGGAACCGCAUGGGGUCUGACGUGCUUCUUCCAGCAGUAUCUGCCCAGAACCAUGCUGCCCCGCGCGCGGUACUUUUUUAACGGCUUCCUGAGCAGCAUUUUCAUCCUUGCUGUCCCACAAGCUAGGAGGGCCCAGCUGGGAAGCUACGUGACCCGACAGGGCAUCAACGCCGGUUACGGCGUAGCAAAGAGGAGGGGUUGGCUCAAGCCUAUCCCUCAGGGCGACACUGUGCUGUUGGCAGUGGGUCUGGCUACGUUGACAGCAUUGUACGAGACUCGACCUAAAGCGGUGGAGUCGACGGUUCGAAAAUCUAUCGCUAUCCUCAUUGGCCCUCCUGCCGUGAUGGACAAGGAGAAACAGGUGCAGCUCGAAUGGUCUCCCCAAGCAGGUGGGGACGACGAGAAAAAGUCACAGUAG